AUGCUGUCUGAUAAGGGGAGACGGCACGGCCGGUUACGCAAGACGAGUACCAUUGCCACUGCCAAGUUCACUGCCACUGUCAAUAGUCUGGUCUUGCCUACAAUAGCAGUUUCAAGGGGACAGCAGCCUCUGACCCAACGGAUUCCUGCUAUGUUCGUGGUUUUGGGAUUGAGCUAUGUUUUUCAGAAGAUUUACACUGUCUCUGAACGCUUCCGCAGGUUGUGUGCCAAGUAG